AUAAAAAUGAAGGACAAGUAUAAGAACAUGUCAAUUAAUGACACUGAUGAUGACAAUGGUUAUGUCAUCAUCGAACAAUAUAGAGAUGACUCUGAUGAUGAGUCAAACCCACCACUCAUCAUGGACUCUUAUGCCAAUCUGCCUCCACAUGUUGGCUCACCCCAGGUCAAUGUGCUGAGCAACUCGACCUCAAUUGCUACGCUGGCGGGACUCAACAAGAGCCACAAGGCACGUCCAUUGCACAUGAUAAGUCUGAUCAGUAUCAUGGCAGUCGGAUUCAUUGCCAAUGUAGAGUAUGGAAUUGUGAUGCCAUCGAUCAACGACUAUAUUCAGAGCAAGACACCAUCACAUGGUGGAAACAGUGGCAGCAGCAGCAACGCUGAUGCAAGCAGCGAGCAAUACUUGCCAUUGGUUGGAAUCUGGUCCGAUCGAAGAACUAUCCGCGAGGCUAUCUGUGUAAACCUGCUCAUUGCCAUCACUGGCAACAUCAUCUAUGCCACGGCAGUCAAUCCGAUCAUGAUCGUUCUGGGUCGUGUGGUGACUGGUGUGGGCAGCUCCAACAUGGCUCUGACCAACACGUACAUUGCAGCCGUCACUUCUCGAGAGCAGAGAACCAAGUACAUGGGACAGAUCAAUGCCAUCAAUGCCAUUGGUCUCGUGGCUGGUCCAGCGUUCAACCUGUUGCUAUCGGUGAUCAAGUUCAAAAUUCAAAUCAAGAGCUUCGUCAUUGUUGUCGACCCAUUGAACUGUCCCGGCUACUUCCUUGCCUUCCUUCUGACCUGUUGUCUGAUAUCAUUCGCAUGGUUCAAGGAGCCAAAGAGRAAAUCAACAUUCUGGCAGAACUUUAAGAUGUUACUCAAUCGAUCACUGAUAACAUGCUUCAUCAUCAACUUUGUCCAGAACUUUGUAUUUGGAGCACUAGAGACAAUGAUCACACCAAUCACUCAGGAGCAGUAUCACUUUGGCACAUUGUCCAACUCGAUCAUGUACAGUGUGAUAUCGUCAGAGAUCAUCGUGUUUAUCUUUGUCACAGUGUUUGCCAGCAGCAAGUUUGGCGUGCAGGACAAGUACAUGGUACUGUUUGGCCAGGUAUUCCUUGGUGCCGGUCUCGUCCAAUUGUUUAUCAACUUUGGUGGACCAGCUGAUCGCAAGGUUCAGUUCUGGCGAUUCUGUCUCAGUGUGGCAGUCACCGUCGUUGGAAUACCCACUCAAAACACAUCAAUCUAUUCACUCUACUCCAAGUUGCUAAACAGAAUAUUUGGAGACAAACAACAAGGUUUCCAAACUGGUUUCAUGAUGCUGAUGGGAUCAUUAGGAAGGAUUAUCGGACCACUGUGGGCAUCUUAUGGCCUGGCAAUGAGCAAUCGUAUACCAUUGUGCUCUGUAUUUUUGGUGAUAUGGGCCAUUGAUAUAAGCUUUACCCUGUUCAACUUUAAGUCAUUGACAUUCAAGCACACUGGAAAGCCUACUACUCUGAUCAUAUCACAUUAA